AUGAACACCAUGUCGCUGCUUAGGCUACUCGUCCUCGUCGCCGCCUCCUCCUCUCUCGCCGCCGCCGGAGACGAGAAGCCGCCGUGCCCCGGCGCGCCGUCCAUGACCGUGGAGGCGGUGUGCCGCAACGCGAGCGGCACGCAGGCGAUGUACGACGUGUGCAAAGACGCGCUCGGCGGCGGCGCCGUCCCGGACCCGCUCAGCGACCACGACGUGACCGUCUACGCGCUCGCCGCCGAGCGCGGCGCGCUGGCCUCGGUCGGCGCCACCCUGGGCACCGCCGUCGAUCUGGUGCUCCACAACUCGUCGCUCUCCGGCGACGAGAAGGACGCGUACACGCAGUGCGCGGAGGCGUACGCGACGGCGGAGCGCGCCAUGGGCAGCGUCGUCGGGAAGCUCGACGUCUGCCGCCUCGACGGCCUCGCCGACGACUACCUGAACGGGCUCCUCGACAUCGAGAGCUGCCGGGACCGGGUGCUGAAGCUGCCGGCGUCGCCGCUGUACGCCAUGGUCCUCGUCGACCGGAACAAGGCGGCGCUGGCUUUCUUGCUCGGCAAAUUGUUGGGGAUAUGA